GGCCUGUGGCCUAGGGCCUAGUGGCCUAGGGCCUGAGGGCCUAGGCCUGUGGCCCAGGGCCUGGGCUCAGGGCCUAGGGCCCAGGUCCAGGGCUCGAGGGCCUGUGGGCCUAGGGCCUCAGGGCCUAGUGGCCCAGGGCCUAGGGCUCUGUGGCCUGUGGCUCAGUGGCCUGGCCGGCUCAGGGCUCAGUGGCCUAGGGCCUGUGGCUCAGUGGCCUAGGGCUCAGGGCUCUAGGGCCGAGGCCUGUGGCCCAGGCCUAGGGCCUGGGCUCAGGCUCAGGGCCUGGGCUCAGUGGCCCAGGGCUCAGUGGCCUCAGUGGCCUCAGGCUCGAGGCCUAGGCCUGUGGCUUCUGGUGGCCUGUGGGCCUAGGGCCUGUGGCCCAGGGCUCGAGGGCCUAGGGCCUGUGGCUCAGGGCUUCAGGCCUGCCUGUGGCCUCAGGCCGAGGGUUCAGGGCCUAGGGCUUAGGCUUCAGGGCUGUCGAGGGCUUGUGGUCGAGGGCUCAGUGGCCGAGGGCCUGUGGCCUGAGGGCCUAGGCCUCAGUGGCUCAGGUCAGUGGCCUGUGGCCUGUGGGUUCGGCUCAGGGCCUGGGUCGGGCUUCAGUGGCUCGGUGGUCCAGGCUCGAGGGCUCAGGGCUCGAGGCUUCAGGUCGAGGGCCUGUGGCUCGUGGCUCAGUGGCCCAGGCUCGAGGGCUCAGGCCCUGUGGCCCAGGGCCCGAGGGCUUCAGUGGCCUAGGGCUCGAGGGCUCAGUGGCCUAGGGCUUGUGGCCCAGUGGCCUAGUGGCCUAGGCCUGUGGCCUAGGGCCAGUGGCCCAGGGCCUAGGGCCUCAGUGGCUCAGUGGCCUAGGGCUCAGUGGCCUGCGGGCUCAGUGGCCCAGGUCUGUGGGCUCAGGGCCUCAGGGCCCAGGGCCCAGGGCUCAGUGGCCGUGUCAGGGCUCAGUGGCCUAGGCCUAGGCUCAGGGCUCAGGGCUCAGGGCCUGUGGCCAGGGCUCCAGUGGCCUAGGCCUAGUGGCCCAGGGCCUGAGGCCUGUGGCCUGGUGGCCAGUGGCCUGCAGGGCCCAGGGCCUAGUGGCCUAGGGCUCAGUGGCCUGUGGCCUGGUGGCCUAGUGGCUCAGUGGGCUCAGUGGCCUGUGGCUCAGUGGCCUGUGGCCCAGGGCCUAGGGCCCAGGGCCCAGGCCUGGGCCUGGUGGCCUGUGGCCUGUGGCUCAGUGGCUCAGGGCUCAGUGGCCAGUGGCCUGUGGCCUAGGGCCUGCAGUGGCCCAGUGGCCUGUGGCCUCAGGCCUGGUGGCCUAGGGCCUCAGGGCUCAGGCCUGGUGGCCUGGGUGGGCCCCUGGGCUCAGUGGCCUCAGUGGCCCAGGCCUGUGGCCUCAGGGCCUCAGGGCCCAGGGCCUAGGCCUGGGCUCAGUGGCCUAGGGCCUGUGGCCUCGGGCUCAGGGCCUAGGCUUCAGGCUCAGGCCCGUGGCCUGUGGCCUAGGGCUCAGGCUCGGCCUAGGGCUCAGGGCCUAGGGCCUGUGGCCUGGGCUCAGUGGCCUGUGGCCCAGGCCUGUGGCCCAGGGCCUGGGCCCAGUGGCCUGUGGCCCAGGGCCUCAGGGCUCAGGCCUGGGCUCAGGGCUCAGGGCCUGUGGCCUGUGGCCUCAGGGCCUGUGGCCUGGGGCCUGGCCUCAGGGCCUGGUGGCCCAGGGCUCCAGGGCCUCAGUGGCCCAGGGCCUGGGCCCAGGCCCAGGCCUGGGGCCCAGGGCUCAGGCUCCCGGGGCUCAGUGGCCUGUGGCCCAGGCCUGUGGCCUAGGGCUCAGUGGCCUAGGCUCAGGGCCUCAGGCCUCAGUGGCCUGGGCCUGGGCUCAGCCUCAGGGCCUCGGGGCCUGGGCCCAGGCUCAGGGCCUCGUGGCCUAGGCCUGGGGGCUCCAGGGGCUCAGUGGCCUCAGGCCUGUGGCCCGGGGCCUGGCCCAGGCCUCAGGCUCAGUGGCCCAGUGGCCCGGGGCCUGUGGCCUAGUGGCCCAGGGCCUGUGGCCAGUGGCCCAGUGGCCCAGGGCUCAGUGGCCUGUGGCCUAGGGCCUGUGCCUGGGCCUGUGGCCUGCAGGCUCAGGCUCUGGGCCUCGGGGCUCAGUGGCUCUCAGGGCCUAGGCCUGGGGCCUCUCAGGGCUCAGUGGCCUAGGGCUCAGUGGCCCAGGGCCUGUGGCCUAGGCCUGUGGCCUAGGGCCUGGGGCUCAGGGCCUGGGCCCAGGCCUCAGGGCUCAGUGGCUCAGGUCUCAGGCCCAGGGCUCAGUGGCCCAGGGCUCCAGGCCUGUGGCCUAGGGCUCAGGGCUCAGGGCCUGUGGCCUGGUGGCCUAGGCCUCAGUGGCCUCAGGCCUGGGGCUCAGUGGCCUGUGGCCUGUGGCUCAGGGCUCAGUGGCCUAGGCCUGGGUCGGCUCAGGGCUCAGGGCCUGUGGCCCAGGCCUGGUGGCUCAGUGGCUCAGGGCCUCAGUGGCCUAGGGCUUAGUGGCCUAGGGCCCAGGGCUCAGUGGCCCAGGGCUCAGGGCCUAGGGCCUGGGGGUCAGGGCCUCAGGGUCUGUGGCCUCAGGCUCAGUGGCUUCAGGGCCUGGGGCCCAGUGGCCUGUGGCCUAGUGGCCCAGGGCCUGGUGGCCCAGGGCUCAGUGGCCCAGGGCCUGGGCCCAGGGCUCAGGGCUCUGGGCCUAGGGCCUAGGGCCUGUGGCCUGUGGCCUAGGCCUGGGGCCCAGGGCCCAGGCUCCAGGGCCUAUGGCCUAGGGCUCAGGCCCAGGGCCUGUGGCCUAGGGCCCAGGCCUGGGCCUAGGGCCUGUGGCCUAGGGCCCAGGGCCAGGCCUGGGCCUGUGGCCUGUGGCCCAUGGGCUCAGUGGCCUGGUGGCCCGGGGCUCUGGCCAGGCCUCAGUGGCCUGGCUCUGGGGCCUGGUGGCCUAGGGCUCUGGGCCUGUGGCUCUGGGCCUAGGGCCUGGGGGCCUGGGCUCUGUGGCUCAGGGCUCAGGCCUAGGCCUGCCUGUGGCCUAGGCCCAGGGCCCAGGGCCUGGGGCUCAGGCCCAGGCCUCAGGGCUCAGUGGCCUGUGGCCUGGGCUGGCCUAGGGCCUGGGCCUGUGGCCUGGGUGGCCUGUGGCUCAGGGCUCAGUGGCCUAGGCCCAGGGCUCAGGGCUCAGUGGCCCAGUGGCCCAGUGGCCUGUGCAGGCUCAGGGCUCAGUGGCCUGGUGGCCUGUGGCCUAGGCUCAGGGCCCAGGCCUGUGGCCUGUGGCCCAGGGCCUGGGCUCAGGGCCUGGGGCUCAGGCCUGGGGCUCAGGGCCUGUGGCCUGGUGGCCCAGUGGGCCUGUGGCCCAGGGCUCAGGGCUCAGGGCCUGCUGGGCCUAGGCCUGGUGGCCCAGGCUCAGGCCUGUGGCCUAGUGGCCUGUGGCCUAGUGGCCUGGGGCUCAGUGCCUAGGCCCAGUGGCCUGUGGCCUGUGGCUCAGGCCUGGGCUCAGUGGCCUAGGGCUCAGGGCUCAGUGGCCCAGGGCUCAGGGCCUGGGCUCAGGGCCUGUGGCCUAGGCUCAGGCUCAGGGCUCAGUGGGCCUGUGGCCCAGGGCCCAGGGCCUGUGGCCCAGUGGCCCAGGCCCAGGGCUCAGUGGCCUAGUGGCCUCAGGGCCCAGGGCCCAGUGGCUCAGGGCCUGCAGGCCCAGGGCCCAGGGCCCAGGGCCUGUGGCCUAGGGCCUAGUGGCCUGUGGCCUCAGGCCCAGGGCCCAGGGCCUAGGCCCAGGGCCCAGGGCCUCAGGCCCAGGCUCCAGGGCCUCAGUGGCCUGUGGCCUGUGGCCCAGGGCCUCAGUGGCCCAGGGCUCAGUGGCCUAGGCUCAGUGGCCUGUGGCCUAGGGCUCAGGCCUAGGGCCCAGGGCCCAGGGCCUGUGGCCUGGUGGCCCAGUGGCCCAGGCUCAGUGGCCUGUGGCCUGUGGCCUAGUGGCUCAGUGGCCUGUGGCCUAGGCCCAGGGCUCAGGGCCCAGGGCUCAGUGGCCUGUGGCCUGUGGCCUAGGCCCAGGGGCUCAGUGGCCCAGGGCUCAGUGGCCCAGGCCCAGUGGCCUGUGGCCCAGUGGCCUGGUGGCCUAGUGGCUCAGGGCUCAGGGCCUGUGGCCCAGGGCCUAGGCCUGGCCUGGGGGCUCAGGGCCCAGUGGCCUGGGGCCUGGUGGCCUAGGGCCCAGGGCCUGUGGCCUAGGGCUCAGGCCUGGGCCUGGUGGCCCAGUGGCCUAGUGGCCCAGGGCCCAGGCCCAGGGCUCAGUGGCUCAGUGGCCUGUGGCCUGGUGGCCCAGGCCUGGGCCUGGUGGCCCAGUGGGCCUAGUGGCUCAGUGGCCUAUGGCCCAGGGCCCAGGGCCUGUGGCCUGUGGCCUGUGGCCUGUGGCCCAGGGCCUGUGGCCUCAGGGCUCAGUGGCCUGUGGCUCGGCCAGGGCUCAGUGGCCUGGCCCAGGGCCCAGUGGCCUGUGGCCUGUGGCCCAGGGCCUAGGCCUAGGGCCCAGUGGCCUGGUGGCCCAGUGGCCCAGGCCUCAGUGGCUCAGUGGCCUAGGGCUCAGUGGCCUGUGGCUCAGGCCUCAGUGGCUCAGUGGCCCAGGGCUGGCCUGCUCAGGGCUCAGUGGCCUAGGCCCAGGCUCAGGCCCAGGGCUCAGUGGCCUAGUGGCCUAGGCUCAGGGCCGAGGUCCGAGGCCUGUGGCCGAGGGCCGAGGCCUAGGGCCUGUGGCCGAGGGCUCGAGGGCUUCAGGGCUCGAGGGCUCAGGGCCUGUGGGCUCAGGUCGGUGGCUCAGGGCCUAGGGCUCAGGCCUCAGUGGCCUCAGGGUUCAGUGGCCCAGGGCCUAGGGCUCAGGGCCUCAGUGGCCUCAGUGGCCUGUGGCUCAGGGCCUGGUGGCCUAGGCCUGGGUGGCCUCAGUGGCCUAGGGCCUGUGGCUCCUAGGCCUCAGGGCCUGGGGCUCAGGGCCCAGGGCCUGUGGCCUGGGCCUAGGGCUCAGGGCCUGUGGCUCAGUGGCCUGGGCCUCAGUGGCCCAGGCUCAGUGGCCUGGGGGCCUAGGCUCAGGCCUGUGCCAGGGCUCAGUGGCCUGGCUCAGGGCCUAGGUCAGGCUCAGUGGCCUCAGGGCCUGGGGCCUGUGGCCCAGUGGCCUAGGCCCUGGGCCUGUGGCCUCAGUGGCCUGUGGCCCAGGGCUCAGGGCCUAGGCCUAGGCCCAGGGCUCUGUGGCCUAGGGCCCAGGGCCCAGGGCCUGGGGCCUAGGCCCAGUGGCCUAGGGCCCAGGGCUCAGGGCUCUGGGCUCAGGGUCUGGGUCUGGGGCUCAGUGGCUCAGGGCUUCAGUGGCCUAGGGCCUGGGCCCAGGCCUGGGGCUCAGGGCCCAGGGCCUAGGGCCUGGGGCUCAGGGCUCUGUGGCCUAGGCCCGGUGGCUCAGGGCUCCAGGCUCAGUGGCCUAGGGCCUAGGGCCUGGGGCCUGGGGCUCUGGGUCUGGGGCCUGGGCCUGGCUCAGGGCUCAGGGCCUAGGGCCUGGGGCCUGGGGCCUCAGUGGUCUAGGGCUCAGGGUCUGGGGCUUCAGGCCUCAGGGCCCAGGCCUGGUGGCCUAGGUCUAGGGCUCAGGCCUGGGGCUCAGUGGCUCAGGGCCCAGGCCUGUGGCCUAGGCCCAGGGCCUGAUGGCCUUGGCCUCAGUGGCCCAGUGGCCUCAGGGCCUAGUGGCUCAGUGGCCUCAGGGCCUGUGGCUCAGUGGCUCAGGGCUUCAGGUCUGUGGCCCAGGGCUCGAGGGUCGAGGCUCGAGGGCUCGAGGCUCGAGGCCGAGGCUUGGGUGGCCGAGGGCUUGUGUGGCCGAGGGCCGAGGUCUGUGGCCGAGGGCUUCAGUGGCCGAGGGCUCGAGGGCCCAGGGCUCAGGGUCGAGGGCUCGAGGUCUGAGGGCCGUGGUGGGCUUGUGGCCGAGGGUCUAGGCUUGUGGCUCGAGGGCCGAGGGCCGAGGGCUUCAGGUCGAGGGCUCAGGGCCUGUGGCCUAGUGGCCGAGGGUCGAGGGCUCGAGGGCCGAGGGCUUAGUGGCUUCAGUGGCUUCAGUGGCCGAGGGCUUAGGCCGAGGGCUCGAGGGCUCGAGGGCUCGAGGCUUAGGCUCAGGGCUUGGUGGCUCGAGGGCUCGGUCGAGGGCUCGAGGGCUUGUGGCCUAGGGUCGGGCUUCAGUGGCUUCAGGUCUGAGGCUCAGUGGCCUAGGCUCAGGCCUGUGGCCGAGGGCUUAGGCUUCAGGUCUGGGCUCAGUGGCUCAGGCUCAGUGGCUCAGUGGCUCAGUGGCUCAGGGCUCAGUGGCCUGAGGCUCAGGCUCAGUGGCUCAGUGGCUCAGGCCUGUGGCCUAGUGGCCUGUGGCCAGGGCCCAGGCCCAGGGCCUAGGCUCAGGCUUGGCUGUGGCUCAGGCUCAGUGGCCCAGGGCCCAGGGCUUAGUGGCCUGUGGCUCAGGGCUCAGGCUCAGUGGCCGAGGGCUUCAGGCCUCAGUGGCCUAGGCUCUGUGGCUUCAGUGGCUCAGGGUCGAGGGCCCAGUGGCUUGUGGCUCGAGGGCUCGAGGGCCUGUGGCUCAGUGGCUCAGUGGCUCAGUGGCCUAGGGCUCGAGGGCUCGAGUGGCCGAGGGCUUGUGGCCCAGGGCUUCAGUGGCCUCAGGGUCGAGGGUCUGUCGAGGGCCUGUGGCUCGAGGGCUCGAGGGCUUCAGGCUUGUGGCUCAGUGGCUUCAGGGCUCAGGGCUCUUGUGGCCGAGGGCCGAGGGCUUCAGGGUCAGUGGCCGAGGCUCGAGGGUCGAGGGCUUCAGUGCCUAGGGCCGAGGGCUCGAGUGGCUCGAGGGCUCGAGGGCUCGAGGGCCGAGGGCCGAGGGCCGAGGGCUUCAGGCUCAGGCCUAGGGCUCGAGGGCCGAGGGCUCUGGGGGCUCAGGGUCGAGGGUCCAGGGCCUGGGGCUUCAGUGGCUCAGUGGCCUAGGGCUUCGGUGGCUCAGGGCCGAGGGUCUGGGCUUGUGGCUCAGGCUCAGGUCGAGGGCCGAGGGCUCAGUGGCCGGGGGCUCGAGGGCCUAGGGCUCGAGGGCCUAGGCCUAGGCCUGGGCCCAGGCCCAGGGCCUGAGGCUCAGGGCCUGUGGCCUAGGCCCAGGGCCCGAGGCCUCAGGGCUCAGGCUCAGGGCCGUAGGCUCAGGGCUCAGUGGCCUGUGGCUCAGGGCUCAGGGCUCAGGGCUCAGUGGCUUAGUGGCCUGUGGCUCAGUGGCUCAGGGCCUAGGCUUCAGUGGCUCAGUGGCUCAGUGGCUUCAGUGGCUUCAGGGCUUCAGGUCGAGGGCCGAGGCCUGAGGCUUCAGUGGCUCAGUGGCCUGUGGCUUCAGGCUCAGGCUCAGUGGCCUAGGGCCGAGGGCUUCAGGGUCGAGGCCGAGGUUUGGUGGCUUCAGUGGCCUAGGGCCUGUGGCCUAGGGCUCGAGGGUUCAGGGUCGAGGGUCGAGUGGUCGAGGGGCCUAGGGCCUAGGCUCAGGGCUCAGUGGCUCAGGGUCGAGGGCUUCAGGGCCUGUGGCCGAGGUCGAGGGCUUGUGGCUCAGUGGUCUAGGGCUUCAGUGGCCGAGGGUCGAGGGUCGAGGGCUCGAGGUUUAGGUCGAGGGUCGAGGGCUUCAGUGGCUCAGUGGCUUCAGGUCGAGGGCUCGAGGGUCAGUGGCCGAGGGUCGAGGGCUUCAGGUCGAGGGCCUGAGGGUCGAGGGCUUCAGGGCUCAGGCUCGAGGGCUCAGGUCGAGGCUCUGGCCUGGUGGCCUAGUGGCCGAGGGCUUCAGUGGCUCAGUGGCUCAGGCCUCAGGGCUCAGUGGCCUAGUGCCUGUGGCCUGUGGCCUAGGGUCGAGGGCUUCAGGUCGAGGGUCGAGGGCUCAGUGGCUCGAGGGCUUCAGGCCUUGGUGGCUCGAGGGCUCGAGGCCGAGGGCUCAGGCUUAGUGGCUCAGGUCGAGGGUCGAGGCUUCAGUGGCCUAGGGCCGAGGUCUGAGGGCUCAGGGCCUCAGGGCCGAGGGCUCAGGGCUAGUGGCUUCAGGGCUCUAGGCCUAGGCUCUGUGGCUCAGGGUCGAGGGCUCAGGCUCGAGGGCUUGUGGCUCAGCCUAGGCUUCAGUGGCCGAGGGCUCAGUGGUCCGAGGGCUCAGUGGCCGAGGGCUCAGGGCCUGUGGCCUGGCCAGGGCCUGUGGCCCAGGGCUCAGGGCCUAGGGCCUGAGGGCCUGUGGCCUGGUGGCCUCAGGGCUCAGUGGCCCAGGGCUCAGGGCCUGAGGUCCAGGGCCUGUGGCUCAGGGCCUAGGCCUGUGGCCUGUGGCCCAGGGCCUGAGGGCUCAGUGGCCCAGGGCCUGUGGUGGCCUGGCCUGUGGCCUAGGGCUCUGGGGCCUAGGGCUCUGUGGCCUCGUGGCCUCAGGGCUCUGGGCUCAGGGCUCAGUGGCCUAGGCCUGGGGCCUAGUGGCCUAGGGCUCAGUGGCCAGGGCUCAGGGCCUCAGGCUCAGUGGCUCAGUGGCCUGUGGCCUAGUGGCUCUAGUGGCCUCAGGCCUCAGUGGCCUGGCCUAGGCUCAGGGCUCAGUGGCCUAGGCUGGCCUCAGUGGCCUAGGCCUAGGGCUCAGGCCUGUGGCCUGUGGCUCAGUGGCCUAGGCCUAGGCCUGUGGCCUAGUGGCUCUGUGGCUCAGGCUCAGUGGCUGGGGCUCAGUGGCCUAGGCUCAGGGCUCAGUGGCCUGGUGGCUCAGUGGCCUAGUGGCCUCGGGCUCAGUGGCCUGGGCCAGUGGCUCAGGGCCUGUGGCCUGUGGCCUCGGGCCUGUGGCCUGUGGCCUGUGGCUCGGGCUCAGGGCCUAGGCCUGGGCCUAGGCUCAGGGCUCAGGGCUCUGUGGCCUAGGGCUCAGGCUCAGGCCUCGGGCCUGGCUCAGGCCCAGGCCUGGCCCAGGGCCUGUGGCUCUGGGCUCAGGGCCCAGGCCUGGGCUCAGGGCCUGGGCCCAGGGCCCAGGGCCCAGGGCUCAGUGGCCUGUGGCUCAGUGCCUAGGGCUCAGGGCUCAGGGCUCAGUGGCCUAGGGCCUAGGCCUCAGGGCCUAGGGCCUAGGGCUCGGGGCUCAGGGCUCUGUGGCCUGUGGCCUCAGGGCUCAGGGCCUAGGCCUCAGUGGCCUGCUCAGGGCCCAGGGCCUCAGGGCCCAGGGCUCAGUGGCCUGGGCCUGUGGCUCAGUGGCCUCAGGGCCUGUGGCCAGUGGCCUAGUGGCCUAGGGCUCAGGGCCUGUGGCCUAGGCUCUGGUGGCUCAGUGGCCUGUGGCCUGGUGGGCUCAGUGGCCUGUGGCCCAGGGCCUGGGCCUAGGCUCAUGUGGCCUGGUGGCCUGGUGGCUCAGUGGCCCAGUGGCUCAGGGCUCAGUGGCUCAGGGCUCUGUGGCCUGGUGGCUCAGUGGCCUGGGGCCUGUGGCCUAGGGCCUGUGGCCCAGGCUCAGGGCUCAGGGCCUAGGCCCAGGGCCCAGGGCCGAGGGCUCAGUGGCCUAGGGCCUAGGGCUCAGGCUCUAGGGCUCAGGGCUCAGGGCCUGUGGCCUGUGGCUCAGGUCGGGGCUCAGGGCCCAGGGCCUAGGGCCUGGGGCCUGGUGGCCUAUGGCCUAGGCUCAGGGCUCUGUGGCCUCAGGUGGCCUAGGCCUGGGGCCCUGGGCUCAGGGCCUGGGGCCUGUGGCCUGGCCCAGGGCUCUAGGGCCUGGGGCUUCAGGCCUGGGCCUCAGGGGCUCAGGCUCAGGGCCUGGGCGGCUCAGGGCCUGUGGCCUGGGGCUCUGGGGCCUAGGGCCUGGGGCCUGGGGCUCUGGGGCCUGGGCCUGGGGCCUCAGGGCCUGGGUCUGGGGCCCAGGGCUCAGGCCUCGGGGCCUGGGCUCAGUGGCUCAGGGCUCCAGGCUCAGUGGCUCUGGGCUCAGGGUCCGGGGUCUGGGGCCUGUGGCCUGGGGCUCUGUGGUCUAGGCCUAGGGCCUGGGUCUGGGGCUCAGGGCCUGGGCUCAGGGUCUGGGCUUGUGGCCUCGGGGCUCUGUGGCCCAGUCUGGGGCUCAGGGUCUGGGCUUCAGGCUCAGGGUCUGGGGCUCUGGGGCUCCGGGGCCCGGGCUCAGGGCUCAGGGCCCAGGGCCUGUGGCCUAGGGCUCAGGGCCUCAUGGCCCGGGGGUCUGGGGCUCCUUGGCUCCAGGUCUGGGGUCUGGGUCAGGCUUGUGUGGCUCAGGGCUCUGGGUCUGGGGCUCUGUGGCCUGGGCUCGUGUGGCUCAGGGCUUGGGGCUUCAGGUCUGUGGCCUGGGGCUCAGGCCCAGGGCUCAGGGCUCAGGCCUGUGGGUCUAGGUCUGGGGUCUAGGGUCAGGGCCUGUGGCUCAGGUCUGGGCUCUAGGGUCUGGGGCCUGGGGCUUAGCUGUGGCCUGGGCUCAGGCCUAGGGCCUGGGCUCUGGGGCCUGUGGCCCAGUGGCCUCGGGGCUCAGGGCCUGUGGCCUAGGGCUCAUGGCCUAGGGCCUGGGCUCAGGCUCUGUGGCCUAGGGCCUGGGGCUCCUGGGGCUCAGGGCUCAGUGGCCUGUGGCCGUGCUAGGGCCUCAGUGGCCCAGUGGCCUGGGCUCAGUGGCUCAGUGGCUCAGUGGCCUGUGGCUCAGGCUAGGCCUAGGCCUGUGGCUCAGGCUCAGGGCUCAGGCUCAGGGUCUAGUGGCCUAGGCUCGCUAGGCUCAGCUCGGUGGCCCAGGGCCUAG